CUGUUCACACUAAAUUUUCGAUCAAAAUAAAUUCGGAAUAUAAAAAUAAUUCGCUAUUUUGAAAUAUUCAAUAAAAUGCUCCUGCUGCCUGGCCAGCUCAAGCUAAAGAGUGUGCACUAAUAACGUCCAUUUGGAAACGGCAAGCACUGCACAGACAUUUGGCAGGCGACAGCAGAACUUAGCAGUGGAGUUGGAAUGGAGGAGAAUAUGUGGAUAAUUGAGCUGGAGUCGGCGCUGCUGGAUGACUGCAACGUGAACGACAUCUAUGGCAUUUGCAAGGGCAAGGCUCUGCCGGAGGCCCUGCGCCCGGACGUGUGGCAGGUGUGCCUGGAUGUGCGGCACAAAUCUGACCAGAUGUCGCUUUUCAACGAGAUCUACGACCUGCCCUUCCAAAGCCAGCUGCGUGAGGAUUGCCAGCGGCACGUCGAUCGCAUGGGUAAUGACGAGGAGGACAAAGUAUCGGUUGUGUCCGAUUUGGAGUCCAUCAUCACGUUUUACUGCAAGAACCGGAAUCUGCAGUACGAGCCCGAUAACGGCUGGAUUGAGCUGUUGCUCCCGCUGUUCGCGCUAAAGCUCAACCGCUCCGACACCUUUAAUUUGUUCGAGGCGAUACGGGACACCUACAUACCCAAGGGCUGUCGGCCCAAGGGUAACGUCUUCCACGUCUUCCGAUUGCUACUGCUUUACCACGACCCAGAGCUGUGCACCCUGCUGGAUACCAAGAAGAUCACGCCAGAUCUGUACUCGCUGUCGUGGUUUCAGUCUCUAUUUACCUCCUGUAGCAGCCUGUCGGUGAUCAUUGCCAUGUGGGACUUGUAUUUCCAGAACGCCGACCCAUUUAUGGUCUUUUUUCUGGCACUGAUCAUCCUGAUCAACGGCAGAGAACAGAUCCUGCAGAUGCGCACCUCGUCCAAAGAGGAAAUCAUUAAGUUCCUCGGUAAUAUGCCGUGUGCGUUGGAGGUGGAUGACGUCCCCGAUUUCUGCUCCCUGGCCCAGUACUAUGCGCUCAAGACGCCCACUUCCUUCAAGACGGACUAUCUCAAGGCGCUGUAUGGCAAACAGAACGACACACCGCGCAGCCAGGACGAGGCCAACAAGGUAUCGCAGGCCCUGUGUCUACCCGUCUCCGUCUACGAGCUUGUGGAGAACUCGGCCACCGAGUUCCCGGUGCCCGACGCGGUGCGAUUCUUUCUUGUCGACUGCCGUCCCGCGGAGCAAUACAACGCCGGACACCUGUCCACGGCAUUCCAUCUGGACUGCAAUUUGAUGCUCCAGGAACCGGUCGCCUUCGCCACCGCCGUCCAGGGACUGCUCACAGCCCAGCGCCAGGCCAUUGAGGCCAACUCGAAUGCCGGCGGCGAACACUUAUGCUUCAUGGGCAGCGGGCGAGUGGAGGAGGAUCAAUACACACACAUGGUGGUGGCCUCAUUCCUGCAGAAGAACACUCACUAUGUGUCGCUGCUGACCGGCGGUUAUGCAUCCAUCCACGAUUACUUCGGCGACCAUAUGGCCGACUGCCUGGAGGACCAUAAUGCGCGUAAGUGCCUCGUCUGCCAGCAGCACAAUGUCCAGCAGUCGAAAUCCGCGACCACAAAAGUCUCGGCCGGACCCUCGUCCACGGAUCUGUUCAGCAAGUUCUCCGCCGCGAUGAAGUCCAAGUCGGCUGAGGUUAAGGGCAAGCUCCUUGACAUCAUCGUAAAUCCCAGUGCGAACGGCGGUGCCUCUGGCAGCAGUUCCAAUUUAAACAGCAACGGAAUGCAGGCAGCACCAGCCCAGGAACGCCAUGUGAGUGCCAAGGAACGGAAUGGGAAGCGAUACCGCAACGUGGCACCCGUCUUCAGCAUCGAUGACGAAAACGAGGAUGCCCUUGACGGUGGGGCGGGAGGAGAGCGGGAUGCUCCCACGCUGGCCGGCGAUGGUAAGGAGAUCGUGAAUCUGAACCAGUACUUCAAGACGGCGGACAUCAUCAAUGCGUUCAAGUGCCAGGAAGUGCAUAUGAGCGGCUAUAUGUACGAUAGCCACCUGAUCAUUACACCCGGCCAGCUGGUGGUGCUGCGGGAGCUGGGACGCGGCCAGGCGCAAAUAAUGGUGCGCCGCCCGCUAGCCAGCAUCGUGAAGAUAACCGCCAAGAAGCGGCAUCGCGACCUGAUCACCUUUAAGUACGGCUUUCCAGACGGCGACGGCCUGCUCAUUACGGACAUGGACCGCUUCCUCAUCCCAAAUGCCGCCAAGGCAACGGCCAUGGUCUCCCAGCAUAUAAUGGAGCUGCUGGACAACGCCAAGUAGAGAUAUAUAGGGAAGUAGAGUAUCCCUUGAUAUGCUUUUCUCCGCCCUGCUUCCCUUCCCCCAAAUGCCUAAAGCCUUAUUUUUCAUACAAAAUCAGACAUGGACAGUUAAACAGAGACGAAAAGUGCAAUGCGCAGGCGAGAGCGCUGCAAAUAGUUUUUAAUUGGCAAUGUUUUCCUUGUUGUAGUAGCUGACAAAUUGUAGUUCUUAUAGUAAAACGAGGGCCUCGAUGCAAAUGUAACAUAGCGCACUCGGACGGAUCCCGGACUGUCACAACGCUAGCCCAGAUUUUUCUAAAUUUCCAGGUGCGAAGAUAAGGGUAACCUUA